UGCUUGUGCUGCACUAAACUAAAUGGUGGAAAAUGUCCUGCAUCCCUUUAAUAAACACUGAGCAGAGCUCUUUUCCUGUCUGUAGCGUAGCGACUCAUGUGACUACAGAGUGGUCAUCCUGAUGCGGGAGAGAACUCAGGGCAACAGCGUCACGCAGCUUCACAAGAAGCUGCAAGAGGAGCACAGCGCAGCGUGGACCCGCCGCACGCUGGACUACUUUGCUGCCUGUGAGCCCUUCACUGACUCCUGUCUGGUCGAGCCGCCAGUGUUCUCUGCCCCCCCGCCCCUCCCGGCCCUCCCUAAACCCAAGUGGCUUCUGGCUGUGUACGCCAGGGACGUCCUGUCACGGCUGCCUGAGGUAAAGGCCAGAAUAACCUCUGUGUUUGGCUCCGUGCUCAAGAUGGACUCCACCAAAAAGGUUACCAAGAAAGUGGCCGGUGCAGCUGCCAACACAGCUGGGUGGUGCACCAAUGUGGGCAACGAGCACGGCCAGGUUCUGGUGUGGGUCCUGACAGCAGCAGAGGGCCAUGGACUGUGGCCCAUGGCGGCUGGUCUUAUGAGGCGCUACAGGGAGGCAGGAGUGGCACCUCCUGUCAUAAUGUAUGUGGAGCGGGACUGCUGCAGCCCCCACGGACAGUCACAGGUCAGGGCCAUGUUCGCUGAGUGGAGGGAGCUUCAGGUGCGCCUGGACAUCUGGCACUUCAUGCGGCGUUUUGCAGCAGGAGUCACCACUGAGGCUCAUCAGCUGUAUGGAAUAUUCAUGGCUCCACUGUCCAGGUGCAUCUCUGAGCUGGACCCGGCAGAUGUUGCUGCUCUUAGGCUGGCCAAGCAGGGGCAGCUUCUGGCCCAGGGAGUUGGUCCAGUCUCUGAGAAGGCCCUGGACCAGAUGAUCACCAGGAGGGAGUUGGCUCUUCACUGCUGCAAGAGGACCAGGGGAGCAGAGGAGACAGCCAGGAGGAUCAAGGCCCUGGUCGAUGAGAUGGACAGUGAGAAGGGGAGGGACACUCUGGGAGGACCACUGGUGGACCACGAGUGCAUUCAGCAGGUCUGGAAGGAGCAGCAGAGACACAUCACCUGUAUUCAGGACCCAGAGGGCUUCUCUCUCUACCUGAAGACAGGCACACUGAAGAAGGGUGGUGUGGACCUCUGCUGCUACCGCUGUGCUCGUGGCUCCACCUCCUUGGAGUCCUUCCACCUCCAUCUAAAUCGCUUCAUCCCAGGGACCAGUGCCAGCGACGCCCACUUCCAGGCCGACCUCCUGGAGGGUCUGAUGCUGGAACCAGGACCGCAUGGAGGAAGCUGUGAGCUGAGGAUCUACAGCAGCGCUGAGAGGGAGGCCAUGGACCGACUCAGCUUGGACGAGCGCUACCAGCCUCCUGGGUCACAUACAGGGGAGCUUCUUGGGAUGGAGUACCUUUACAGUCAGUCUGGUCGUUCGCUGACUGUAAUGGACAACCCAGAGGAAGAGGAUCGGCUGGUGGAGCUGAUGGAUGAUGAGGCGGUGCGCGAUGAAGGCUUUGUGGAGGAGGAACCCGAGAACCUGACCGUGCCCGUCCUCUUUGCUCCAGAACACAGCAGCGUCCAGCAGGCCUCCAGCCCCUCUUCCUCUGCACCGUCCACAUCCAGCCGAGGAGAUCUACGUCAGCGCCUCAGCCAGAGUCCUCUGCCUCCUCCUCCUCUGCCUCCUCCUCUGCCUCCUCCUCUGCCUCCUCCUCUGCCUCCUCCCCUGCAGCGCCCUGUCCAGCCAACCGGAGCCUCUGGUCCUGCAGCAUCAGCUGGGUCCAGCGUUGCAGACCAGGCCCCUGCUGCAGUCCUCGGACCUGACGGCAUCCCAGGCUGGGAUAAGGUCCAGGACUUGGCCGAGUACCUGGUGACCCUGCGUCAGGCUCUUUACCUGGACGAGCAGCAGGUCAGAGGUCAUCUGCCUGUGACCUCUGACCUGGACAAGAGGAGGAUCAAUUACCAACCCAGGCACCAAGCCAAGCUGGCACACGGCCGCUUUAAGGCCCCCAGGAAUACGGGCGUCACCCCGGGUGUGGACAGUGUCAAGAGGAGCCUGAUUGGUCCUCCAGGGGGACCGGCUCAGUGGCCCAGCACCAGUCGUCUAGUUGAGGCUCUGUGCAUUAAAUUGUGUUCAUUGCACAAGUCCCCAACAAAAAAGGAUGGAGUGCGGCUUCCUCGGUGGACCAAAGUUCUCACCGACUACCACCACAUCUGA